AUGAAGCACCAAGCAGGCUUGAAAAAGAAAGCAAAAUACCGGAUCGAGAGCAUUCCUGUUGAAUUGGAAAAGUCCGGCACUACUCUCUCCACGACGGCCUAUUUUAUUAGAACAAAGACAAUCAAAUUUCGCCACAAGGGAAUCAUUGAUGAGACACCACCUUAUUUGCGUUUGAAAGACUUGACACAAAGCAAUUUAAGCAAGCAAGUGUUGGUUUAUUACUCAGCAAGUGGCAGCGGCAAGACGUCGGAACUAGUGGGCAGCGCUGCUACCCGCGGCGCUGAUCUUGCCUUUGUUCUGUCAGCAGAAGACCCAAGCCCAGAAAGCUAUGGAACUUUUGAGGAAAAUGCGGACGAACUGAUCGCAAAAGAUCGCCACAAAAAGAGAGCAUCUCUCGGAGGAGAGAUGGAGGCGUCAGUGGACGGCGAUGAUGGCCACGCUAAGAGCGCGACUGAAGAAGAGAACGAUAGCCAGGAGGAGGAAGAUAGCGUCAGCGACGAAGAGGGCGACAACGACCUAUCAGUGAAGCAAUUCAAGGAACGAUAUGUGAACCGGUCGGCCGCAGACAUGGCGAUUAAAGAUGGAGGGUUGAGUGCCAUGAUCAAAGCUGCAAAAUCUCAGAUUAAGCCCAUCGUGGAGGCUGCGACCCAAUCCAAGCAGAGGCUGAAGUUGGUUCUUGCCAUUGAUGAAGCCAAGUCCUGCCCACAUGUUAUUCGUGGGAUCCUUCGAUUUCCCAAGUACAUGAAGACUCUUGUGCGCGACGUUCUGAAGGACAAUGGCAUGACGAUUGACAAGCGCAAAUUCAGUCUUCUCAUUUCUGUUGGUGGGACUGGAGUUGCAUCCUCAACCAUGGGAUCCCUUCCUCGGAACUUUUCCAUCCUGAAACCGUACCACGAAGACAACUGGAAGGCUGUCAUUAACUCAAAUCUCAAACAGGAUCCACUUGAUGUGAUGGUCACUUGGAGUCCGACAGCUGUGACCAUCAAGUCUAUCAAGGACAUCUUGGACCACUAUCCAGUGCUUGCUGAGUUGAUGAAGAAUGGCCGCGUGGCUUCAAUUGCUCUGGAAGAGCUGCGAAAGUGCAGCAUUCAACGAAAAGAAGUCCUGGAAGGGCCCAUUGCGAAUGCUUGUGUCAAGCAAUUCAUGGCGAGCAAUGGCAUGAAUCCUAUUGCUGAUCAACCAGAAGAACAAAAAAUUGCUGCCUCUGCUGCUUUGGCUGUUCAUUUGUUUGGUGAAAAUGAUGACUUUGACAUGGAGGUGCCACAAAAUCAGGGCGAAGUGGCAACCUGGGCAUCCCAAAUGGAUUUUUUCAAGUUUUCAGCAGACAUUUCUGUCAAGACAUUGGUUGGAACAUAUGGCUUGUUGGAACCCUCGAGGGCAAUCACUGACAAUGACCAGGGGAAAAAGAUUUCACCCCCAUUGAAAAUGACAAUGUCUCAGCAACUGAUUGCAGCGUUUAUGCUAGGCCUUGGACUAGACAGUAUGCUCCAGCAAUCAUGGUUUGGGUUUGAACUCAUGUCAACCCAUUUCGUCAAGUGUGCGAUUGCCGCAUCAGUUCUCGUUCACAAGAAAAAACGACCUUCUAUUAUGUACGCCUUGUCGUGCCUUGGUUUUCAAGUUAACGAGGGUGUCACAGACGAUAGCGUGAUUGCGACCUGGGACAAACUGGACGAUCUUUGUGCAGCGUCAACAUUGCCCAAGUCUGAUCGCACGGUGUAUCAUGACAGGACACGUCAACUUAAUGUCGGGCUCAAAAUCAAUAAAGGUCAAGGCGGCGCUAAUGGCAAGAAACCAACCCUACAAAUUGAACGGGUGCUCUUGCAUGCUUUGACAAACUCUGUGUCACGCAUACGCCAUUUUGGCGCUCCCAUCGCAUGUGUCAAUGAAGGAAAAAGCAAGUUGGCUGACGGAAUGGUCACUUUUUUUGCAUUUAAGCGCCCGAAGGAUACUUCCAGCUUCAACACACCUGGGCUUUCCUAA